UCUGCGAAGAAUUGAAGAAUCAUGCCACCCAAGGCGAGUGGAAAAGCUGUGAAGAAGGCUGGGAAGGCUCAGAAGAAUAUCAGCAAGACGGAUAAGAAAAAGAAGAGGAAGAGGAAGGAAAGCUAUGCCAUCUACAUCUACAAAGUUCUGAAGCAAGUUCAUCCGGAUACUGGAAUCUCCAGCAAAGCCAUGAGCAUUAUGAACAGCUUUGUCAAUGAUGUCUUCGAGCGCAUCGCAGCCGAGGCAUCCCGUUUGGCUCAUUACAACAAGAGGUCCACGAUCACUUCUCGGGAAAUCCAAACUGCUGUCAGGCUUCUGCUUCCCGGAGAAUUGGCUAAGCACGCUGUGAGUGAAGGUACCAAAGCCGUCACCAAGUACACCAGCUCCAAGUAAAAUGACUCGUCAAAAUCAACGGCCCUUAUCAGGGCCACAAAUUCAUUUAUGCGUUUGGUAUUCUCACGUUCUAAACAUUUUUAAGAAUAAAAUAUAUAUGUAUGUCCACGCGUAUAAAUAAGAAAGUUUAAACUUCUGCAAAAUCAACCUGAAAGAUGCAAAAUCUAUUUUUGUACACGGGUAAUAUAAAUAAUAAAGCAUGAAGAAUUUAGAUA